AUGGACGUGGCUCUCGAGUUUCUCGAUCCCCUCGUUCUGGAUAAGGCUUAUGCCUGGGCCUUGCCUCAUCCCGGCGCCAGCCUCACCAACUCGUCACAGGCAUAUUCCAAUCUGUCCGCCGCUGACAAUGUGCCCACGUCCCUGUGGGCGCGCGACAACAUCUACCGCCAGAUCACAUCGCUCCUCAUCAUCACACAAGUCGGAGCGACCUCGCUUUACCUGAUAUUUAGCGCUCUUUCCUACUACUUGAUCUUCGACCGACGGCUUGAAUACCACCCUCGCUUCCUGCAGAACCAGGUCCGCCAAGAGAUCAAGUCGUCGCUGUCCGCCGUUCCCGUCAUCAACAUCCUCACCUUGCCCUGGUUCCUGGCCGAAGUUCGUGGCAAGAGCUUGCUCUAUCAAAACGUGAGCGACUAUGGCUGGUCGUGGCUUUUGAUCUCAUCUGUCCUCUACAUGGCUUUCAACGACAUCGCCAUCUACUGGAUCCACCGCUUGGAACACCACCCCAGUGUGUACAAGUAUAUUCACAAGCCACACCACAAGUGGAUCGUUCCCACCCCAUGGGCUGCUCUGGCGUUCCACCCCCUUGACGGCUACGUGCAGUCCUUGCCAUACCACAUCUUCGUCUUCCUCUGCCCAAUGCAGCGGUAUCUGUACAUGGUUCUGUUCGUCGCAGUCCAGAUCUGGACCAUCCUGAUCCACGACGGCGACAUGAUCACGGGCCACUGGACCGAGAAGUUCCUCAACAGCCCCGCCCACCACACGCUGCACCACAUGUACUUCACCGUCAACUACGGCCAGUACUUCACUUGGGCCGACACCUACUUCGGCUCGCACAGGGCCCCACAGCCGGAGCUCGACCCUCUCCACGACGCGCUCAAGGUCAUGCGCGCCAAGGGGCUCGUGGAUGAGAAGGGCAACCCGAUCACCAAGCCCAAGGGAGAAUAG